GCUCCUUCGAAGGCUUCAAGACACAAUAAGCGUCUGGAGCUAGAAGCUCUUAUCCACGAGUUCCAGAGCAAGUUGGGCAACGACUGGGAAAAGUACCAUGAGACGUUAAGUUUGUUUUUGAUAGGAAAACUCUCGCGUGCAGAACUUGUGGCCAUAAUAAAACCCAUACUAAAGGACAAUUUGAUCCGGUACCACAAUAAAUUGUUACUUUUGAACUUUGCCAACUCAUUAAAAGACGGCCCGCUCGACUAUCUGAACGAGUUUUCUUCGUUCUGGAACAAGAAAGCUCAAAAAUCGUCCAAAGUCAAGUCUUCACAGUAUGAGAAGUUCAAACAGAAUAUCAUGGGCUUGCCUAUUAAGGAACGUAGAAGAAUAAAGAAUAUUACCAGAGAUAGCGGCAAGAAGGGAAAGCUAAGUGCAGGUAUCACUUUGGCCAGACAUUCGUUAUUGCCCAAAAUACCCAUGAUCCAGGACAAAGAACAGCAGCAGUUGCAAGUCAAUAACUUGGUUCAAUGGCAGCAGGAUGUGGUCAAUGGUAUAAAUACCCCUAUAGCUACACAGAACUACGAAUUGCCCGAGUACGACAACUUGUCCAGACGUAUCUUAAUGACCAUGAGAGAGCAUGGACUUACGGGAGGACUCAAUGCCUCUGUGCUAGAGAUGAUCUUGCUCGGUUUAGAAUCACAUCUUAAGAAUAUCAUCGACAGUGCAAUAGAUGUGGCAAAGUACAGACAAAACAAGUAUACCAAUAACGACUACAUCCCCCUUGAGGCGAACAAAUCUCACGACAUUGGGAUAAGCAACAAAAAGCGAUCAUUUGAGGACAUGAAAGUCGAUAGCUCUAAGGACAUCACAUUGAACAUCGAAGACUUAUACAGCACCUUCGAGAUGUUCCCCCACCUUAUAGAACCCUGUGGUCCUAGAUACAGACUCGCUAAUGUCAUGCUUGAGAACGAUGACAUGGCUGGCAAAGAGUUGGACUACGACUUGCCUCCUAGACUUGGAGUUUUCCCUGUUGCCAAUGGGACUUCUUCGACAAUUGCGAACACCAAAACAGCAGAACAAAUCAAGGUAGAAAACACAGUAAAGUCAAACCCAGCUUCUGACAAACUUCACGAAAACGCUGACAAAAUCACCAUGAAUGGCUCGUUGAAGUCAGAAAGUGAAACAGAGAAAAAAUCUUCUGACUCCAAGACUGUUUCUGCUGUACCCCACGCCCAAGUUCCAGGGCCCGAUUCUCACAUAGGAACAACUGACGAAUUGAAGUGGGUUUUACAUGAUCUUAUUUCCACAAUGUAA